UCUUAGCUAAAAAAAUAAUUAUUACUUAUAGCUGGAAACCAACAUUUCAGUUUUCAAAUUUCUCUUGUUGAUUUUGAAAAAAACCGAAAACUACGGGAAAAAAUCCUCUGAAAGUUUCCCUCCUAUUUUGCCCGAUUCGUUAAUUUGUUUUCCUUUCGGAUCAAUCUUCUCUCCUUGCCUUAAAUAUUCCGCGAUUUUUAGGGUUUCAUCAUUCUCACUAAUCACAAUCAAACUAUCUUCAUCUUAGGAUAGAUUAAAAUACACAAAUCAAAAUCAAAAACCCAAAAAGGGGGAAGAACAAAAAAUCACGGGGAAGAAAAUGCCAAUCGAAAUGCCUAGAGGAUUACCAUUUUCAGUAGAUACUUGGAACCCUAAUUCCAAGCUAAAACACCACCAUUUUCUGACUCAUGCUCAUAAAGAUCAUUGUUCUGGUAUCACCUCUCAUUCUUCAUACCCAAUAUAUGCUACCCAUCUCACCAAAUCCCUGAUCCUCAUAUUUUUCCCUCAGAUUGAUGAAUCAAUGUUUGUGGAAAUUGAGGUGGGCCAAACCAUCACUGUUAAUGAUCCAGAUGGGUGUUUUUCUGUUACCGCUUUUGAUGCUAAUCAUUGCCCUGGGGCUGUGAUGUUUUUGUUUGAAGGAAAAUUUGGCAAUAUUCUCCAUACUGGGGAUUGUAGACUCACUCCUGAAUGUCUGCAAAAUUUGCCAGAAAAGUAUAUUGCCAGAAAUGGGAAGGAGCCCAAUUGUCGGCUUGAUUUCGUUUUUCUAGAUUGUACAUUCGGCAAAAGUCUUAUGAAUAUCCCAAGCAAGCAUUCUGCCAUAAAACAGAUUAUUAAUUGUAUAUGGAAACAUCCUGAUGUUCCAAAGGUAUACCUCACCUGUAGUAUUCUUGGUCAAGAAGAGGUGCUUAAAGAAGUUUUUCAAACAUUUGGGUCUAAGAUAUAUGUUGAUAAGGCUAAGCACCCAGAUUUUUACAAAGCUUUGGAACUUAUAUCUCCGCAAAUCCUGUCCGACGAUCCUUCUUCCCGUUUCCAUUUAUUUGAUGGUUAUCCGAAAUUGUAUGAGAAGGCAAAAAAGAAAAUAAUAGAGGUUCGUGAGAAUAUGCAGUCUGAGCCGUUGAUAAUUCGACCUUCAGCGCAAUGGUAUGCAUGUGAAGAAACCGAGCUUACAGUUAUGGAAAGGAAAAUUUUAGAAAGAUCAAACAUUCCAAUAAAGGAUCAGUUUGGUGUUUGGCAUGUUUGCUACUCUAUGCAUUCCUCAAGACAAGAACUGGAGUGGGCUUUGGAACUUCUGUCUCCUAAAUGGGUUGUUUCAACUACGCCCGAGUGUCGAGCCAUGGAGCUAGAUUAUGUUAAAAACAGCAAUGAUAGCGCGCGAGCUUCUGAUGACCGUUUCUGGAAGGUUCUGGACAUGAACAUGGAAACUUCACUUAGAGUUACAAGUGAUGUAAUCGUAAAAAGCAAGGCUGAUUGUGAAGAACCGGAGCUGCUUCAACUACCAAUGAUAUUGAGUAACCAGGAAAGUCUCUUGGAGUUGCCCUCAAGCAAGAAGCGACAAGUAACAUUAUUUGGACGAGCAAGGCUUGGCUAUCAUUCUUGCAUGUCAGCUGAAGAAAGGAAAAACAUUCGAUUAAAAUCCGAAGAGUUAGACUUACAGAAUAUGCUAUAUUCUGAUGAUGGUGAAACUAAAGACAAGGCCAACGAGAACGACUUACGGGUGAAACUGAUAUCUUCUGAUGACAAGGAAUGUGACGAUGAGAAUGCCGGUUAUGACAUAAAAGAGAAGCUAUUAUCUUUUGAUGCAAAGGAAAAUAAUCCGGAGAAGGCUAUCGAGAAUGACAUAGAGGUGAAGCUACCAUCCUUCGAUGAUGAUAUGAAAAGCAUUGCCAAGAAUGAUAAUGAGAACAACACAGAGGUGGUAACUGCUGAUAUUGAAUCGAAUAAGUUAAGAACAGAUGCAAUGGCUUGUAAAUCUGCUUCAUAUUCUUAUGUUUUAUCAUCUAACGGUUUCUCUGAAAAUGUCCGGAAGCUGUAUAGGUCUAUGAAUGUCCCUGUUCCUGAACCUCUUCCCUCCUUGGUCAGACUUAUGAAGUCUAUUAAAAGUGGCAAAAGAAAAUAUGAGAAUUAGCUAAAAUCUUUCAUAUGCAAGUGUAUAUUCUUCCUAUGACCCUAUUUUCGCAAUGCUCCGUUUAAGCAUUGUAAGGAUCUCAGAUGCACAGAAAGGGAAUAGAAUAUCAGAAAUGAUGCCGAGUACUGCUCACAUUAACCGUCAUCCCACCAAGAUUGCUCGGUCCUGUGGUAGGAUCCGAACUUAUGAUUUCGAGGCCACAAGUUCUAGUCACGGGAUUCUUCAGAUAUGAACAAGGUUACAAGUUUCUUAUUCAAGUGCGAAUGUACAUAUUACUGUAACUUUUACUAAUAUGAAAUUUUUUCAGAAAUCAAUGAGAAAGCCGAUUCUUUUCCCAUGUCAGGAAA